AUGGGACGGAGCUGCUCCUUCCUCCUGCUCCUCUUCCUCCUGUCCCCGUGGCCCAGAGCCACUGUGGCACGGCUGCAGUACCGCCACGACUGCGGAGAGUUGGGAAUGCAGCUCCUGGUCUUCCCGCCCCAUGGCCGCACCGUCCGCUUCAAGGUUCUGGACGAGUUUGGCUCCCGCUUUGACGUGGCCAACUGCUCCAUCUGCCUCCACUGGCUGAAUUCCAGGGAGGACGGCUCUGUCAUCUUCUCCUCUGGCUACAAGGGCUGCCACGUCCUGUUCAAGGAGAACCGCUACGUCCUGCGGGUGCAGCUGGAGGAGCUGCUGUCCAGCGGGAUCCCCAUCACCUCCUACGAGGUCAACAUGACCUGCCCCAAGCCAGGUGGCUCUGAGGCGCUCACAGAUGGAACCCAGGGGACGAGCCGGGACAGCCCAACGCUGUUCUCCCACACUGGCCUGCACCAGGUCUCGGGGUCCUCCCUCACCCUCACGGGAUCCCACUUCUCAGCCCAAGAUCUCGUGGAGCAGGUUCACGCCGUGGGACAGUACCAGCCCAGCCCAGUGCUUCCCGGGAUCCACCACCAUUCCAACCCAGCCCACUCAGGGCUUCUGUCCCAGCCUGCUGGGGUUCAUCCUGUCAACCCAGUCCAGGGAAGCUUCUUCCACCCAGCAGUGCAGCCCCCCCAGCCUGGGGGGCAGAGCCAGCCAGAGUUUCUUCACCCAGUGCUUGUAUCCCAAAACCAUCCCGGUUUGGGGCAUCACGGGGGGCAGAGCCAGCCAGGGCACCUGCGUCCAGGGUCUGUAUCCCAAAACCAGCCUGGGAUUCGCCCAGGGUCUGGAACCCAAAACCAGCCUGGGAUGAUGCAUGCUGGGGGUCAAAACCAACCAGGGAUUCGCCCAGGGUCUGCAUCCCACAACCAGCCUGGGGGUCAAACCCAACCAGGCAUUCGUCCAGUAUCUGUAUCCCACAACCAGCCUGGGAUGCUGCAUCACGGGGGUCAAAACCAACCAGGGAUUCGCCCUGGGUCUGUAUCCCAAAUUCAUCCUGGGGGUCAAAACCAACCAGGGAUUCGCCCNGGGUCUGUAUCCCAAAUUCAUCCUGGGGGUCAAAACCAACCAGGGAUUCGCCCAGGGUUUGUAUCCCCCAACCAGCCUGGCUUGUCCUCCACUGGUGCCCAGACUCCAGCAGGAUUCCAGCGCCCGGGAGGUCAGCCCCUAAACCAGCCAGGAAUAUCUCGUCCCAAUCAUCCCUCCAACUCCCAAGCCGUGUUCCCAGGCCAUGCUGGGCUGCUCCAUCCCAGCCCAGCUUUGGUGCACCCAGGACUCUCAUCCUGGCCAGGUUUCAUCAGCCCUGGACCCCAGGCUGAGCCCCAGCCCGGCCUGGGACUCCCUGGGCUGCGGCCCCAGCCUGGAUUGCUGCAGCCUGGGAUUCACACCCAGCCCAGCCUGCUGCAGCCCACAGCGCUCUUCUACCCCUCGCCGGGGGCAGGAACGCAGCUGACCCGGGAGCAGUGCCAGGUGCCGGUGGGCCGCAUGCCGUGCGUGGCUCCGCAGGGACGGGAUGCGUGCCUGCAGGCGGGAUGCUGCUACGACAACACGGACCGCACCACACCCUGCUAUUACGGGAAUACCGCCACCGUGCAGUGCCUGCUGGAGGGACACUUCGUGCUGGUGGUGCCGCGGGGAAUGGUGGCCCUGCCGUACAACCUGGACACCGUGCGGGUGGCCGGCGGCCAGGCGGGGUGCGAGCCCCACCAUGUGUCCGAGGCCUUCGUCAUGUUCCGCUUCCCAGUCACCCACUGCGGCACCACCGUCCAGGUGAUAGGGGACACGCUGGUCUAUGAGAACCAGCUGAUCUCCACCAUCGACGUCCAGGGAUCCCCCCGUGGCUCCGUCACUCGGGACAGCGUCUACAUUCUCCGAGCUCGGUGCAUCUACAACUCCAGUGACCUCCUUCCCUUGGGAGUGGAGGUGGCCGUGCCCCCCACAUCGGCCCCCCUGGCCAUGCUGGGCCCGCUGGCGCUCCAGCUGCGCAUUGCCACCGAUGAAUCCUACAGUUCCUACCACGCUGUGGGUGACUUCCCCCUGGUGAGGGUGCUCCGGGACCCCAUUUACGUGGAAGUCCGGCUGCUCCAGAAGACAGAUCCCAAUUUGGUGCUGGUGCUGCACCACUGCUGGGCCUCCCCUGGCUCCCACGCCACAUCCCAGCCCCAGUGGCCCAUCCUGGUGGAAGGGUGUCCCUUCCAAGGGGACAACUACAGGACACGGCUGAUUCCGAUGGGUCCGGCCUCUCCGGAGCUGCCCUUCCCCAGCCACUACCAGCGCUUCGUCAUCUCCACCUUUGCCUUUGUGGAGCCCCCCAAAAUGGCUGUGCUGGAAGGGGAGGUGUACAUCUCCUGCAGCGCCUCGGUGUGCCACCUGGCCCAGCCGGAGCCCUGCCGGCCCUCCUGCCAGCUGGGAGUGCCCUCACGAGCACGGAGGUCUCCAGGGGACAGGAGCACAGGUGACAGCAUGGGGACAGUCACAUCCCAGGGAUGCGUUGUGUUUCCUGAGGCUCCCAAGAGAGGGGGAACUCAGCAGAGAGGCUGA